AUGUGGAGGAAGCAACAACACACCAUCAAAUUCUCAACGGAAAGGACACCCAAGGACUUGUUAAUUGUCACCCCCUAUUCAUCUCAAGCCAAAAUGAAUCCGGCCUUACCUUCGUUUGGGGAUGAAUUUCAAUCAGAGGUAACAGACCUAUUUGAAUCUGGGCUCACAGACAAAGAAGUAAUCAAAUUUCUCGAGGAGAUACACUCCAUCUCAGUCUCACCACGAACUCUAGCCAGGCGAAAAGAGGACUGGGGAUUGGUUCAUCAUGCGUCCCAACAAAUUGACCAACUGGAUGAACACAUCAAGACUUACUUCGACAAAGGCUUGACAUACUCUCAGAUACACCAUGCCCUGUCAACCACGCACGGCUACACACAUUCAAAACGAACUCUUGAGAGGAAGCUUAAAGCGAUGGACCUAUCUAGGCGAUUGGAUGAUAUUGACAUGGAAAAGGUGGAUGUUGAUACUGUUGUGACUUGCAUGAUGGAAAUCCAUCAAACACCAGAAGGACGGAAUGCAGGGUACCGUAAAAUGAGGCAAAUGCUCCAGACAAAUUUUGGCAUAAAUGUGCACCACAUGACUGUAGCAUUGAUCAAUCAAACCUUGGAUCCAGAUGGAGUAGAAAACCGUGCCAAAAGAGUUCUAAAGCGAAGAGUCUUCAAUACACCUGGGCCCAAUUUCAUCUGGUCGGCUGAUGGUCAUGACAAAUUGAAGAAGUUUGGCAUCACCUUGUAUGGAUUCAUAGAUGCAUGGAGCCGUAAGAUCCUCGGGAUCUUUGUCCAUGUCACAAACAAUGAUCCACGUCAUGUUGGAUAUUACUAUCUUCAGUUGGUCAAACGGGAAGGAGGAAUACCACGUCGAACAACAACUGAUCGAGGCACUGAAACAAUUCAGAUGGCUGGACACCAAAUUAAUCUCACCGAACAUUACAAUCCACACUGCUUGGAUUCAAGCACAUCACAUCUGUUCACUAAGAGCACACACAACCAAAAGAUUGAAUGCUUGUGGUCCCAGCUGAUGAAACAGUUCAACAGCGAGCUCAUCAACCAAUUAUUUUCUGCCGCCGAAGAACAUUUAUAUGACCCUGAAGAUCCUUUGGAGCAGCUAGUCUUUCUUUACUUAUGGGUACCUCUGCUUCAGGAAGCACUCAAUGAGUGGACGACCAAUUACAACUCCUACAAGCGCCGAUUGGAUAAGAAGAGUUCUCUACCCACACAGUGCAGUGCAGAUUGGUGCUAUGCAUACCCCGAUCGAAAAGGCGGCAUUCAAGGCUUAAUUCCAGUUCCGCCUAGUGCAGUUAAAACUUUGGAGGAAGCAUUUUAUCCAGAAGGCCCUCAAUUAAUGCAAACAUCCCCAACAUGGUUCUACGAAACAAUUGAGCAGCUGCAGUCUGGACUUGGGCUCGUCAUUCCCAAUGUCAAUGUCCACAAUGUCUGGGAGGUUUUCUCACUUAUACUUACGGCGGUCAAUACUUAUGAUGAAGCAUGGCUCAUAGAUCCAUCCAAUGAUGAAUCUCAGACAAUCCGAGCCCGCUCUCACCUUCCUGAAUGA